UCCUUUCAUCUCUGAUUUGUGUUUUCUCUAGCUAGCUUUUCACUCCACACGUGUACGUGUUGAUCGAAAACACCUAGCAUUCUUCAAACUAAAGAUGAGUCACAGCAAUGAUCAAAACCAGCCUCAAGUUUGGAAUUCUGCUAUAGCAUAUGAGUCAAAGGACAUUGCACCGGGUCCUAAUUAUCAAGUUCCUCCACCUGCUAUUAUUACUCACGAGGAGAAGGUUCCUCCAAACGGAGAAACUAAAUUCAAGGGUGACGGAUUCUGGAGAGGAUGUUGCGCGGGCAUGUGUUGCUACUGUUGUUUGGACGUUUGCUUCUAAGAUUUCAGGAAUAUUAUGCAUACACUAUUGACGUGUACGUACUGGUCCCCUAAUCCAUCUACAUGUUAGAUAUCGGCCAAAGGAAUCUAAUUACUUAAUAGUUUAAUUA